UUUGUAGUUACAUAGCAAAAUGCGCGUUUAUUUCGGCUCAGUAAAUUAAGAACAUUUUCGUUACACGUUGCCACGCCCCCCCAUCCAACGGCAAACCACCCCCCGCCUCCGCCUUCAAGACAGAGAGAGAGAUAGAAUAAAACAGAGAGAGAGCAACAACAACAAUAUAUAACCAAAACGAAAGAUUUCCGCAAGAAACCACAAAAAAAAACAACAAUUGCUUUGGUUCUGAUGAUUCUCGUAACAGCAAAAACAACAAGAUUUAUAAUCUAAAUCAAAAGAAACUGUGCUCUCCGCUGUGCGUGGCUGUGAGUGCGUUUGUGCGGUACGGUGCGUGCAUUAUAACAAUUAUUGCACAAAAGGCAUGACAAACGUGGGGCGGGGGUGUCUGUAAAUGUGAGUGCGAUAGAGCGCGACAUAUUCAAACAAGCUAGGGACGGAGUAGGUGAGCGAGGGAGAGAGAGAACGCGACGGUGGCAACAACAAAGGGCUGUGAUUUUACUUUGCCCCCUCCACCCUGUACCCCGUCCCAUCCAUACACUUGCGUAUUUACCAAAUAAACGGAACAUACAUAAGCCAAAAUAGGCAGAACAACAACAACAUUAAGAGUCAACUAAACAGCAAAUCGAAUAGUUUCGUGGGAGAAAGGACAGCGUAGCAGAGUCAUUGGAAAACUGGCCGCGUAAGGGAGCGCAAUGGAUGUCCUGGAAAUGCUGCGCGCCAGCGCCAGCGGCAGCUACAACACAAUAUUCUCGGACGCGUGGUGCCAAUAUGUCUCCAAGCAGAUCACAGCAACGGUGUACAUGUAUUUCGCCCUGGUAAUGAUGAGCCUGCUCUUCAUAGCCUGGUUCUUAUACUUCAAACGAAUGGCACGUUUGCGUUUGCGCGACGAGAUUGCCCGUUCCAUUAGCACCGUAACCAAUUCAUCCGGCGAUAUGCGUGGCCUGCGUUUCCGGAAGCGUGACAAGAUGCUAUUCUACGGCCGUCGAAUGCUGCGCAAAAUGAAGAACGUGAGCGGUCAAAUGUACAGCAGCGGUAAGGGCUACAAGCGUCGUGCUGUCAUGCGUUUCGCGAGAAGGAUACUCCAGCUGAGGCGGGAUAAUAUGCCGCUAGAGAUGCGCACCGUGGAGCCGCCAGCCGAGUAUCUGGAGGAGACAAUCGAGGGCAGCGAUAGAGUUCCGCCCGAUGCACUCUAUAUGCUCCAGAGCAUUCGCAUUUUUGGACAUUUCGAGAAGCCGGUCUUUUUGCGGCUCUGCAAGCACACCCAAUUGCUGGAACUGAUGGCCGGCGACUAUUUGUUUAAGAUAACCGAUCCGGACGAUAGCGUCUAUAUCGUUCAAUCGGGCAUGAUCAAUGUGUACAUCUCCAAUGCCGAUGGCAGCACACUAUCAUUGAAGACGGUCAGGAAGGGCGAGUCGGUGACAUCGCUGCUCAGCUUUAUUGAUGUCCUGUCGGGGAAUCCCAGCUACUAUAAGACGGUCACCGCCAAAGCCAUUGAGAAAUCGGUGGUCAUUCGUCUGCCCAUGCAGGCAUUCGAAGAGGUGUUCCAGGACAAUCCGGACGUAAUGAUUCGCGUCAUCCAGGUGAUUAUGAUCCGGCUACAACGCGUACUGUUCACCGCUUUGCGCAACUACCUCGGUCUAAAUGCCGAACUGGUGCAGAAUCACAUGCGCUACAAGAGCGUAUCCACAAUGAGUGGACCGAUUAACUCGCAGACCUCGCAAUCCUCACGCCAGGCGCCCAAUGGGCCGCCCAUGGUGAUCAGCCAGAUGAAUCUGAUGCAGUCCGCUGUUUCGGGAACGGGAUCAUCGGGUGUCUCGGUGACCGUAACUCGACCACCAUCCUCGCCAUCGCGACACUCGCGCGAGGAGCACACGCUAUCCGAUCCGAAUCCAAAUCCGGAUGGUAGUUUUCACGGCACUACCAAUCUGUUCACCGAGGUGCAUGGCGAUGCGCCCAAUGCAGAUCUAUUCCAUCAGCAGCAGCAGCAGCAUUCGGUGGGCAACCUAUCCACGCGUCGCAGUUCCAUAACUCUGAUGGCACCCGAUGGUUCGCACUCGUGUCUACAGACACCCGGUGUGACAACCUCGAUAGACAUGCGCCUGGUGCAAUCCUCAGCGGUGGACAGCCUACGCAAGGAAUUGGGUCUGUCCGAGGAGGAUUCCCACAUCAUUGAGCCUUUUGUAGAGUUAAGGGAACUGGAGCCGAAUGUCACCCUGAUUACGGAGGGCAAUGCGGACGAUGUUUGCGUUUGGUUUGUGAUGACGGGCACAUUGGCUGUUUACCAGAGCAAUCAGGAUGCCACGCGGGCCAAGCAGGAUAAGAGCGACAUGCUCAUUCACUUUGUGCAUCCCGGCGAAAUCGUUGGUGGACUGGCCAUGCUAACGGGAGAGGCCAGUGCGUAUACCAUUCGAUCGAGAAGCAUCACCAGAAUAGCCUUCAUCCGACGAGCAGCUAUUUACCAGAUCAUGCGACAACGACCACGCAUUGUUUUGGAUCUGGGCAACGGAGUAGUACGCCGUCUAUCGCCUCUGGUGAGGCAGUGUGACUAUGCCUUGGACUGGAUCUUUCUGGAAUCGGGCAGAGCUGUCUAUCGGCAGGACGAGAGCAGCGACAGCACAUAUAUUGUGCUUAGCGGGCGAAUGCGUUCGGUUAUCACGCAUCCUGGUGGCAAAAAGGAGAUCGUCGGCGAAUACGGCAAGGGGGAUCUUGUGGGCAUCGUUGAAAUGAUCACGGAAACGUCGCGCACCACGACGGUGAUGGCUGUGCGCGACUCGGAGCUGGCCAAGCUGCCCGAGGGCCUGUUCAAUGCCAUCAAGCUGCGCUACCCCAUCGUGGUGACCAAGCUGAUUAGCUUCCUUAGCCACCGCUUCCUCGGCUCGAUGCAGACGCGCUCGGGCAGCGGGGCGCCGGGCGCGCCCGUCGAGGCCAAUCCCGUCACGCACAAGUACUCCACGGUGGCCCUGGUGCCCAUCACCGACGAGGUGCCGAUGACGCCCUUCACCUACGAGCUCUACCACUCGCUCUGUGCCAUAGGACCCGUUCUCCGUUUGACCUCCGAUGUGGUGCGCAAGCAGCUGGGCUCCAACAUCUUUGAGGCAGCCAACGAGUAUCGUCUAACCUCGUGGCUGGCGCAGCAGGAGGACCGAAACAUCAUCACCCUCUAUCAGUGUGACAGUUCGCUGAGCGCGUGGACACAGCGCUGCAUGCGACAGGCUGACGUUAUCCUGAUCGUGGGCCUCGGCGAUCGAUCACACCUGGUCGGAAAGUUCGAACGCGAGAUCGACCGGCUGGCGAUGCGAACGCAAAAGGAGCUCGUCCUGCUAUAUCCGGAGGCCAGCAAUGCCAAGCCGGCCAACACGCUUAGUUGGCUAAAUGCCCGACCCUGGGUAACAAAGCACCACCAUGUGCUCUGCGUCAAGCGGAUCUUCACGCGCAAAAGUCAAUAUCGCAUUAAUGAUCUCUAUAGUCGCGUCCUGCUGUCCGAGCCAAACAUGCAUUCCGACUUCUCGCGUUUGGCGCGCUGGCUUACGGGCAACUCGAUUGGCCUGGUGCUGGGCGGCGGAGGAGCGCGUGGAGCUGCCCACAUUGGUAUGCUGAAGGCCAUCCAGGAGGCGGGCAUACCUGUUGACAUGGUGGGCGGCGUCAGCAUCGGUGCCUUGAUGGGAGCUCUCUGGUGCUCGGAGCGUAAUAUCACCACGGUAACGCAGAAGGCGCGCGAGUGGUCAAAGAAAAUGACGAAAUGGUUCCUACAACUACUUGACCUCACCUACCCGAUCACAUCGAUGUUCUCCGGACGAGAGUUCAACAAGACGAUCCACGACACUUUCGGGGACGUGAGCAUCGAGGACCUGUGGAUACCCUACUUCACCCUCACCACCGACAUAACCGCCAGUUGCCAUCGCAUUCACACCAAUGGCCACCUGUGGCGGUACUGCCGCGCCAGCAUGUCGAUUGCCGGCGUCUUCCCACCAUUUUGUGAUUACCGCGACGGCCACCUCCUGCUCGAUGGCUGCUACACGAACAACGUGCCAGCCGAUGUGAUGCAUAAUCUUGGAGCUGCUCACAUAAUCGCCAUCGAUGUGGGAUCCCAGGAUGACACUGACCUGACCAACUAUGGCGACGACCUAAGCGGUUGGUGGCUGCUCUACAAGAAAUGGAAUCCCUUCACAUCGCCUGUGAAGGUGCCCGACUUGCCGGACAUCCAAUCCCGACUAGCCUAUGUGUCCUGCGUACGCCAACUAGAGGAGGUCAAAAACUCCGACUACUGCGAGUAUAUCCGACCGCCGAUCGAUAAGUACAAGACUCUAGCCUUCGGCAGCUUCGACGAAAUUCGAGACGUGGGCUAUGUGUUUGGCAAAAACUACUUUGAGAGCAUGGCCAAGGCUGGUCGAUUGGGCCGCUUCAAUCAGUGGUUCAACAAAGAGCCACCCAAGCGGGUUAACCAUGCCUCCCUCAACGAGUACACGUUCAUCGAUCUGGCGCAGAUCGUGUGCCGUCUGCCGGAGACAUACGCCGUGAAUACCGCGGAACUCUUUAGCGAGGACGAAGACUGUGAUGGCUACAUUUCGGAGCCGACCACACUGAAUACGGAUCGGCGUCGCAUCCAGGUGUCGCGCGCUGGCAACUCGUUAUCCUUUUCCGAAACGGAAAUGGACUCGGACGUGGAGCUUGACCUGAAGCUGGAGCGCAAGACGGACAAGUCCACACAGUCGUCGCCGCCGAGUAACAGCAGGUCGGACAUGCGCGGCAAGGAAGAGGCUAGACAUAUGUCUAAUUGGCAUUGGGGUGUGAAGCACAAGGAUGAGACUGGCAGCGGAGCCACUGAAGCCACAAAAACACAAACCGGUCAGGAGCAGGAACUCCAGCAGGAGCAACAGGAUCAGGGAGCUACGGCUGAGCAGCUGGUGGAUAAAGACAAGGAGGAGAACAAAGAGAACAGAAGUAGCCCGAAUAACGAAACCAAAAACUAGCUAUAUAUGGACAAACAAAACAAUUACAAAUACAAUGCAAAUUCGAAGCGUGGCUAUAUACUCAACAAGAAGCAUUAACAAGCCGAGGACGAGGUGCCUUUCGCUUGCCAGACGCCCAACGGCACAAGGUAACCGCCCGCCCCCCCCACUUCACCAAGAAAGCAACCGCAACUACUCAAUCAUCAAAUCUCCAACGAAACGAAGUAAAAUAUAGCAAUGACAAGGAAAAUUGUUAACCUAUAGGUUUUAUAGCAACCAAGACUUAGGCUUAGCUUAGCGUAUGAAACGAUUAACCCACAAUCCUGCAUCCCAUCCCUCUCAUUCACCUAACCAAUCCACACACAUUGUAAUGGAAGGCACAAGAAGUCCACAAACUUUGUAUAUACAUAUAGUUAUAUAUUUUUACUGAAGCAACCGAUAUUGUAGUACCGAAAUUGAGACUCCUUCGCAAUGAAUCCCCCUCAACACAAAAUUUAGCCCCAAAAUUGCCGCACACUCGUGUAGUCUCUCUAUUAUUUUAGGCAACAAAUCUUUUGUUUAAUGGUCGGAUUUUUUUUGUAAAUGCAAACAAAUAAAUUUAAAAAGGGAGUACAAACAG